AUGGCUGACGAAACCCUUGUCUGCUUCACAAACUGUCAUCUCGCCCUCGACGACGGCUCGCAGGUCAAGCGUGACCUCUGGGUAGAUUCCACCAAAGGAAUCAUUCUUAAUGCUCAGGAAGCUUUUUACACUACCAAGAAACGUCCUGGAAAAAUCGUAGACCUGGGCGGGAAUAUUCUUAGCCCGGGGUUCAUUGACAUUCAGAUCAAUGGGGCAUACGGUUUUGACUUCAGCAUUCACGCGGAUGAUGAGUCCUACGUUGCUGGGCUGAAGAUGGUAGCGGACAGGAUCGUGGAAACUGGGGUAACUAGUUUGUUGCCGACCAUAAUUACACAGAAACGAGCCCUUUACCCGAAAUUGCUUCCGUUGCUCUCCCAGAGAUCGUUUCCUGGUGCCGCCACCUUACUCGGUUGGCACUCCGAGGGACCUUUCCUUCAGCUAGCCAAACGCGGCGCCCAUGCCGAGCCCCUUCUGGCAACCGCUCCGGAUGGCAUUCGAUCCUUCGAAGACGUUUACGGCGCUGAGAAUCUCGCCAAAGGCGUGGAGGGGGUACGCAUGAUAACUGCCGCUCCGGAAUUGGAUGGUGUUAUGAACAGCAUCAGUGAACUCUCCGAGAGGGGGGUAAUCUUCUCCAUUGGGCAUAGUGUUGCAUCGUCCAAAAUAGCUACAGAAGCGAUACUGAACGGUGCGAGAAUGAUUACGCAUUUGUUUAAUGCGAUGCCUCAAUUGCACCAUCGGGAUCCUGCAAUUAUCGGUUUACUCGGCGCUGGUGGCCCUUACUCAACACGAGCUGUGCCCUCAGCCAGCAAGACGGGCCAUGCAACCCUUGCUGCCAUCACUCCUUUAUCGCUCGAUCCUUCUCUUACGUUUAAACCCGCCUUCGGAGUGCCAACACCACCGUACGUGGGACAUCCGCCAAAAGCACCCUCUAUCUCUUCGCAGAAAGUCUCCGAGGCGCUGAAUGAGAUGGUCACUCCUCCUCAAACACCCGAUGGUGCAUCCCCAUCUCUGAGUCCAAUAGGAAAGGAGCGCAAGGGUUUGAAAGGCAUGACCCUCGCUGAAUUGGACGAAUUUGAAAGGCCUUUCUAUGGAAUCAUCGUGGAUGGGAUUCAUUCUCAUCCUAACAGCGUCAGACUCGCGUAUACCGCUCAUCCAGAGGGUUGUAUUCUCGUGACGGAUGCUAUGUCCUUUUUAGAUCCUCAUUUGCCUGAUGGGCACCAUGAUUGGCGCGAUGGUCGCCGUGUGGUCAAACAUGGGGACAAGCUCUUUAUCGAGGGCACAGACACUCUGGCCGGAAGUGUCGUAACCCUCGACACAUGCGUUCGAAAUUUCUCCCUCUUUACCUCACGCCCAUUAUCCUAUGCCAUUAAAUGUGCCACGUAUAACCCUGCCAAAUGUCUUGGAAUCGAAAGCACGAAAGGGACUCUCAGGCCUGGGGCUGAUGCUGAUCUUGUAGUACUCGACAAAAACGAUGGAAGCGUCUUGAGUACUUGGGUGGCCGGCAAGAAGGUGUGGAAUAGAUGAUAGGACAAUCGCGUUUUGCAACACCUCAUCAACACCGUAUCCUUUACUCUGAGUCGUAUAUAAUUGCCUCUGCCAUGCUAAUUGUAAAGUGGUUUUCGG